AUGCCUUGCCCGACCCGGGCUCGACAGCCCCGCAGAGGGCUGGACUGCCGAAGGCGCCCUGCAGUGGAGCCCUGCCCACUCACGCCUCAUGGACAGAGAGGAAGAGGAGGACAGGCUGGGAGACUACACAGUAGACAUGAGGUUCCAGCCCCUGGACUCCACUACCCAGAGGUCCCCUGGCCAUUGCCCCAAAAGCAGGAUGCGCCCGCGGGCCUGCGGCCGGUCAAGGAGGGCUCCAUGGACUCUGUACAGAUGCUGGACACUCUGAAUGUGGGGGCGGAGCAGGAGGAGUGGCCCCUGCACAGGGACCUCACUCUCUCCCCACCUCUCAAGUCUCAGCCAAUCACCUUGGAGCAGGAUGGGGAGCAUCACACCCUCAAAUCAAACUCAGGCUCCAGCUCUGUCCUGGUUGUCAUGGUUAUUUUACUCAACAUUGGAGUAGCCCUCCUCUUCAUCCAUUUCUUUAUUUAACCUUCCUUCUAUGAUCUAUUAAGUCGUGUUAUGAUGAUGAUGAUAAUGAUGAUGACUUAUAUUACAUAAGUUAUUAUUGAUCCAGACGUGACUCUGCCACGUGGAGCAGCGUGGGAGGAGCGUGGGAGGAGCAUGGGAGGAGCGGAGGAGCAGUGUGGGAGCAGUGUGGGAGCAGCGUGGGAGCAGCGUGGGAGCAGCGUGGGAGCAGCGUGGGAGUCGACAGCAUGGUGUUUCUAUUGUCGUUAACCUCCUGCCUUCCCCAGCCCUUUGAUGUUUAGCUCAUCUCAUGUCACAGACUCAGUUAAGGUAUAUAAUUCAACGGAUUUAUCCAUCUGCCUUGAGUUUAUAAAACACUUUU